AUGGGAAGUAAAUGUUGUCGAGACGAUAGUAUACAAAUAAAAGAUGAAAUAUAAACAGCUUAGUAUCCAGAUGCAACUCUGCCACUCGGUCCAAAAUAAAAAGAAUCACUUUCACAAUAAGGAAGCAAAAAUUCUCAAGUAUAAGAAAUAUUGGUUCCUAUUGACAAAAAGUAGAAUGAAUAUGAGUUAGGGAGUGAAAUUCAUGUGGAUAAGGAAUAAAAGCAAGUUGCUACUGUGGUUUAGGAAUAAUAAUAAAAAAUCGAAGAGAUAGUUUAGUCUCAAAAAAUGACCACUGAAUAGAUUAAAAAAGAAGUACAGAGCUAAAAUCAGGAAGACAAUUGUGCUAAAUCGAUGGGAAAAAAAAUAAAAUUAGGCGUUGAGACAUUUGUGCAAUCGAAAGUGGGAUCAAUUGGGACACAUUACAAUUUUGGAAAGGUUUUAGGAUAAGGGGCCUUCGGUAAAGUUUGGAAGGUAACCCAUAAAACAACUGGUCUGGUUCGAGCGAUAAAAUAAAUUAAAAAGAACUCCUUAAUCAAAGAGGAAGAAUCAAGAUUGUUCUCUGAGAUGAAUAUUUUGAAGAACUUAGACCAUCCACAUAUAGUAAAACUAUUUGAAUUGUUUCAAGAUGAGAAUAAUUAUUACUUAGUAACUGAAUAUCUAUCGGGGGGAGAACUGUUUGAUAGGAUAAAAAAGAUGUCCUCAUUUAGCGAGAGUAUUGCAGCAGAUUACAUUAGAUAAAUUCUAUUGGCAACAGUGCAUUGUCAUGAAAAAAAAAUUGUUCAUAGAGAUUUAAAACCAGAAAACAUUAUAUUUAUAAGUGAAGACCCUAAAUCCCAACUAAAAGUCAUUGAUUUCGGAACGUCAAGAAAGUUUGACAAUCAAAAAGCAAUGAGUAAAAGACUUGGAACACCCUAUUAUAUAGCCCCUGAAGUUUUGGGUCAUUCCUAUACAGAAAAAUGUGACAUCUGGUCAUGUGGUGUCAUAUUAUAUAUUUUGUUAUGUGGCUAUCCUCCAUUUGUUGGUAAAACAGAAAAUCAAAUUUUAGAGAGAGUUAAAAUUGGUAAAUUCACAUUUGAUCCUGAGGAUUGGGACUCCAUUUCAAAAGAAGCUAAGGAAUUUAUUACCAAAUUAUUGAGAAUGGAUCCUAACAAAAGAUUAUCAGCCAAAUAAGCUUUAGAGGAUCCUUGGCUUGCUAAGUACGCUCCUUCAACCUAAGUCAAUCGAAAGGUUCUCGAUAACAUUCGUUAAUUUUAAGCAUAAACAGUAUUGAAAUAAGCAUUAAUGUCUUACAUGAUUACACAAAUGUCUACUUAAAAAGAAAUUUAAGAGUUACAAAAAGAGUUUCAAAGAUUAGAUAUCAACAAUGAUGGAUUCCUAUCAAAAGAUGAAUUUCUUAAAGGUUAUUUAUCUAUUUAAAAUGAUCUCAAAUUGGCUGAAGAAGAAGUCGAAAAAAUACUGGAGAAGAUUGAUAUCAAUUAAUCAGGUUUGAUCGAUUUUUCAGAGUUUUGCAUGGCAGCUAUGAAUUAAGAAAAGCUGCUUUCCGUUUCAAGAGUUGAAUAAGCAUUCAAAAUAUUUGAUUAGAAUGGAGAUGGAUUUAUCUCAAAAAAAGAACUAGAAAUUGUAAUGGGAGACUUAGGAGAUGAUGUAUGGAGUUAGAUACUUAGUGAUUGUGAUAAUAAUGGAGAUGGAUAGAUAUCAUACGAAGAAUUUGUAAAGAUGCUCUAGAAUAAAAAACUUUGA